AUGAUCUACUUUUUACGGCCCUCCCACGCCGAGUUCGGGGGACGAUCACGAUCGGUUGCUGAGACUGGUAGUACCCGAAACGUGCAAUCGGACGUCUUAUACCACUAUCAAACUACGCUAGAGGGUGAGUGUCAGGGAGUAGGCCGUACCUACCAGCGUAUCAGGGAUCACUUUCACAGGAGAGGAUUAUAUCAGAGCGUUCACAGAUAUGCGGGAGAAUGCGUGGACUGUGAAAUAGGAAAAGCGAAGCCUGUGAUCCAAGGUGAAUCACCAGAGAAUCUGCAAGCGGCGUAUCCUUUCCAGAUCAUCGCGAUGGAUCAUAUACCGCCUCUGCACAGAUCCUACAAGGGGAAUACUGAGCUGCUGAUCUGGGUCGAUUUGUUCACGGGAUACAUGAUCGCGAAAGCUAGUGCGUCCCGGUCGGCCCAGACGGUCGCGGAAUCGUAUGAAGAGUGUGUAUUUAGACAACAAGAUCCUGGGACAACGGCAGCGAACGAUGAUGGCGUACCGACCUCAAGCCAACGGGACCGCGGAAAUAAUGGUGUACAGACAGCGACCAGGGCGCUCCAGAUGUACGUUCGCGAUCUAGAUCAGAAGAAUUGGGUUGAGUGGGAUCCGAGACCAACGUUGGAGACCACAAUCCCAGUCGGAUGCACCAGACGGCGCGAUCGGGACUCGCGACGGUGGCGAUAUCGGGUCCAACGGCUUUAUCAGCAGUCACGGGAAGCAGUUAACGCCAGAUUGCGAGAAGCCAUUGGGGAUCGCGACAGCCGACAUAAUGAGGACGUAGGAUUGCACCUGAUCGAAGCGGGAUCCCGAGUUUGGUUAUAUCUGGACCGAGUGGUUAACGCCAGAUUGAGAGAAGCCAUUGGGGAUCGCGACAGCCGACAUAAUGAGGACGUUACGCUCGCAAAAUUGGCCCACCUUUGGCACGGGCCGUUCCGAGUCGCCGAGAAGAUCAACGAAUUCACCAUCAAACUCGAGAUCGCAGGCACGGGAUACCCGAUAUUCCCGGUAGUUCAUGUGGAUUUCCCGGAUCGGCCUCGAGUCGAAUUCACCGUGCACGAAUCAGAUCGCUUCGACUUUGACGAGGUCCUGCUUCCGGAGGAUAGUUGGGUCCCAGAUCCAAGAACCGACGAUUAUGAGGGGGAACGGAUCUCGGACGUGCGGAGUGGGAAGAAGGAGCGAUUCGGUCGGGUCUACAGAAAUUUCUGGUGCAUUGGGUGGGAUACGACGAACCGACCUGAGUCGACGAAGCUAACCUCAACUGCGGCGCAAUGCUGA